AUUUGAUGUGGAAACUCGGCACGUGUUUGUUGGUGAUCAUUCUGGGCAAGUGACCAUACUCAAACUAGAGCGAGAGUCCUGCAGCCUCGUAACGACAUUUAAGGGACACACAGGUGGUGUCACUGCUCUCUGUUGGGACCCAAUACAGCGAGUUUUAUUCUCCGGCAGUUCUGAUCAUUCCAUUAUAAUGUGGGAUAUUGGAGGAAGAAAAGGAACAGCCAUCGAGCUGCAAGGACAUAACGAUAAAGUUCAGUCUCUGUCCUACGCUCACCACACGCGGCAGCUCAUCUCCUGUGGUGCGGAUGGGGGAAUCGUCGUCUGGAACAUGGAUGUUGAGAGGCAAGAGACCCCCGAGUGGCUGGAUAGUGACUCCUGUCAAAAAUGUGACCAACCUUUCUUCUGGAACUUCAAGCAAAUGUGGGACAGUAAGAAAAUAGGCCUCAGGCAGCAUCACUGCCGGAAGUGUGGGAAAGCGGUGUGCGGCAAAUGCAGCUCCAAGCGCUCCUCCAUCCCGCUGAUGGGGUUCGAGUUCGAAGUGAGGGUCUGCGACAGCUGUCAUGAGUCCAUAACCGAUGAAGAGCGGGCGCCCACCGCUACCUUCCACGACAGCAAGCACAACAUCGUUCACGUACACUUUGAUGCCACCCGGGGAUGGCUGCUGACCUCGGGGACAGACAAGGUUAUUAAGCUGUGGGAUAUGACACCGGUAGUGUCUUGAUGGUACAUCAGUGGAACUUGAAAGGUGAUAUUUACAGAAGAAACAGAUUUCCUAACCCUAAUCAUACUGCAGAAGUUAGGUAACGCUGGGCACAUCCGGCAGAUGAGGAAGGAACCAAUGUGUUUACGACGACCUUACGUCCUCUGCUUGAUCAAGGCUGAACGUUUGCACGAAGACUCUUUCCACUUAUUCACAAAAUACACAAGAAGGUAUUUUUUUAACCAAUGGUGGGUACGAUCUGACUUUCGUUGUCUUGAGUUUAUUUGGGAAAUCCGUGUGCGGUGCAAUUUUUAGUUUUUCUAUCUCACUAUGUCAAGAUACUUGCUGCUUCGGACAGAGGGUGCCUG